UAUCAGCAACCCAGUGGGUUAUAAAGCUGAUAGUUGAAUUAUUGCAACUACCUGUGAUAGUUAAUAAUUCUGCAUUGUAAAAUAAACACAAACAGUUAACAGGUCAUCUUUAUUAAAAUUCGUUUUAAAUGCAUAUUAUCAAAAUAUAAAGAGAUCUGGAGAUAUAGUGCUGUUUAGGGUUUAUCCAAGUAAGUUACAAAAUAUAAUUGUGAAGGAAAAUGUCAGAUUACAAGGACAUCAUUCGCAAGCCGGAAACCCUCAACUGGUUUAAGGCGGCCAUGGGUAUGAAUAUUACACGUCACUGCCUGCUCGACAUUGUAAAAGACGCUACUCAGGAAUUGUAUGACACUAUUCGUAAAGAAAUCAAUAGAAAAUACGGUAUCCUGGAGCACGUUGUCUGCAGUCAGUGUCACACUCCAAACGUGCUGCCCUGCGAUACCGAUAAUAAAUGCUGCCAUUAUAAAUAUGGUAGUUGCGCAUUUCAUGACAUUCAUAAGUCUCAACAUUGCCGCGCUUAUUUAUGCAAUGAAAUGUGUAAGGAAAUUGUAUACCAUCACCGAUCUCGCAACCGUUCAAAACCAAAAAGUUUUCAAGGCCCUACCUGGGAAAACACAGAUGCGAGUAAAUGGUGCGCCGACCCCUGGAAUAUUGCAAAAUGCUAUCUCUCAAAAGACGGAUACAAGGAUGUAAAUAAAGCAGACGAUGCCGAUUUUAAUGGCAUAGUUAAUGUACUUAUAAACUGUGAAUUCUUUCAAAUGUAUUUCAAGGACGACCUGACACAAAAGGAGAAUGUCUGCACCAAGGCUAGAGAUGUGGGUCGUGAAGUACGACAUGCGCCUGCAAUGUCCAUGAUCAGCCAGGAUAGUGACAGAGCCAUCGACACUCUAGUAGCGCUGUUGCAGAGCCUGACACAUGUAAACCACCAGGUGACGGCGAAGACUGCAGUUGACAAGUUAAAACAGCUGAAGAGUGGAACGCUAGCAAUAACUAAUGAAGAUGUUGCAGCCACCUUUGAGCUCUUGAAACAAAAUUUGAUUACAACAAUUAAAGAGGCUCUUGAAAAAGAAAAGGAUAAACUUGUAAAUGAAAUGGUCGAUGCCUUUACUGAAAAGCUAAGUAAAGUUCUUGAAACAAUACAAAGGAAAGGAGACGACGUACUUGAAAAGGUAGACGGGAAAAGAGACGAUGCGCUUGACACGCUAGACGGGAAAAAUAUGAUGUGCUUGAAACGAUAGACGGGAAAAGAGAUGAUGUACUUGAAACUAUAGACGGGAAAAUAUAUGAUGUACUUGAAACGAUAGACGGAAAAAGAGAUGAUGUACUUGAAACAAUACGGAGGCAAAAACAUCAAGUGCUGAAAAAAAGGCAAUGCCACAAUGAACAGAGCAUUAAUCGACAUCCAAACGUGGUUAAUCGAACAUUACCGGGAAAGGUGUGUUGUGCCGGUGUCGAUGCUGGAUCCUGACAUAGAUGUACCUUUAGAACGGAUCUAUGUUCCCCCGUCGAUCCAGGAACUUAAGAGAGGCCGAAAAGACAGACAUGGCGGCGGUGAGAUGGACACGACUUCACGGGCGGAACCAGAAGUGAGUUGCUACAGAGAGCUGCUGCAUCGUUAUGGGGAUCCGGUGAAUACCAUUUAUAUCCAAGGCGAUCCAGGUUGCGGAAAAACGACGUUUUCAACAAAGCUAGUUCUAGAUUGGUGUAAAGCCCAUUCUAAAAAUGGUGCAAGCAGGUUGGAAACGCUCACGGGAACAGCCACUACCACAGGUAAAACGUCAAACCCAACAUAUUUCAGCGAUCUUGACACUUUGCGAGACUACACAUUUCUGUUUUUUGUGUCAUUACGUGACUACAGUGGAACCAUGUGUAACGUCAGUCAGAUGGUCGAGGAUGCCAUAAAAAGCAUCAAACUACCUUGGGAUGACUCUGGGAACAUAAAUGUAUUGUUCUGACAGACGCUGCAGACGAAUGGUACCACCCCGAAAUAGCCUUUCAUCCGCCACGCGACUCUGCGUGCAAUUGUCAUAAAUAUCGAAGUAUGCCGCAGUAUUUACAGCGAAACAACAUAUCCAACAUUAUCACUGCACGCCCAUGGAAACUUGCCAACCUAAUCAUGAGUGAUUCUUUAACGCGUUUGUUCGAAAUUUCCGGCGUUACAAACUACACAACCUUGGCGGAAAAUGUCAUUACUGUUUUAGCUGAGAAGGACGGUAUUUCUAAAAAUGAUCAACAAUGCAAAAACAUUGAUUUCAUUGAAAUAAUAGAGGCUCAAAGCUUGGGCAAUCUCAUCAAAGUACCAGCUGUUUGUGUGCAGUUAGUUCAUCAGUUUUACGUUGGACGUUUAGUGGAAGGUUCACGGUGUUCUGUAUACAUGAAUAUGCUUGAUAUGCACAUAGCCAAGGGGUUGCAAAAACUUCAAAUUGAAAAUUUUGACACUGAAGAAAUGUGUGUUAAUGAAAUAAAACAAAUCAUUGGAACUGAAUCAACCGAGUAUCUGCGAGAUAAUAGGUCGCUGGUUCACUCUGCGAGUGCGCUUGCGUUUAAAACACUAACAGACACUAAUAAAGAAUCGUCGCUAGUCUUUGCGGAAAACACUAUCACUAAUCACAUGACAAAAACUAAACUUGAAUACUUACUUCAGACAGGAAUUAUCACAAAGAAAAAAUCGUUUGCGCUUAGCUCGCGAAAGAAUGUUCCAUACAUGUUCUUACACAAAACAAUUCAGGAGUUUCUAGCAUCGUUGUAUAUUGCAAUGAAUCAGCCGGACAUUGAAAACAUCCUGAACACCAUACAGUCGGUGUAUUGUGAUUAUAGGUCUAUUCUGGACAUUGGUCAGUUAUUUAUUUUCACGUGUGGAAUGUGUGCCCCAGCGGCUGAAAGAAUAUCAAAGCAUAUCACGGAUGUCAUAACAUGCGUCUUGGACUUCUAAUUCAGACCGCGACACAAUCUUAUUUCAAAAGCCAACAGCACAAAACAUUAUAGUGGAUGGCUUUAAUGAAGGGCUGGCAAAUAAGCAGUCGUGCUUACAACUGACGAUCAGUCAUAUAGACUUUUUUAAUUGGAAGAACGAGAAAUACACAUAUGCUUUAAAUACGUUAAUAGAUAUGAACAUAUCAAACAUCAUUAGCAUUAAUUCUGUGUUUCUUAUAUCAUCUCAACAGGAAUCACCACAUCGUUUACAGGAAAUCAUUUCGCAAUCAAGAGAAACACUGUCGUAUCUGUGUCUGUGGCUUAAUAACACCGGUCAAUUAGAUCUACAGGGUCUAAAACUCAAGUACUUAUCAUGUGGCGGAUAUACCGAUAUAAGUAAUUUAGACUGCACCUUUAUGCGUGCGUGUGAGAUAUUUUGUCUUAGACGAUUAUCAGAGGACCGCAUUUUACAAUCGAUGUCUGUCACAGGUAAAAACAUUAGAAGACUAGAACUUUUCCAAAGUUUUCCAAAUUCAAUGGACCUUCUCUGUGCAGCUUUUCCAAACCUGACAAGUCUACACACGUUUAUAUUAAAAUAUACACCACUUAAGGUUACACAGCUGUACCAACUUUCUGAAUCGAUCAGAAAGGUAGUUUAUUAACGCAUUAAGGUUUUCGCUCAAGAUAUAAAGUCAAUGGUGGAAUGGUCAAAGUCACGGGACGCGUGUGUGUGUGUUGCAAAUUGUUGGAUUGUUACAUAUUUGACAAUGAGACGGAUAUUUGUCACUGGAUGAAGCAGCAGGACGGCAUUGACAUUACGCAAUGCGAAAUCAAGCAAUUAAGGAAUUGCCGUCGAACAUCUCUUUCCUGGAGCACCGUUUUAUCAAAGUGACAAUAAUCAAACAGGUUUUCACAGAUUCAAUAUGAAAAUAACACUGGAAAGCUAUAAUACUAAGGACGUUUAAAAAAUUGACAAGUGACAUUCGAUUCAUCAUUUGAAAUUGAUAUAAUUAUUCAGAGCUAUGUUGAGUUAUAAACACGAAAAAAUGAACAAUUUGGAAUUGUUCUUUUCUUUCGUGUUCUUUAAAUUUUGGUGCUGACGCCAAAUUCGCUUAUAUAAAUUAUUAAAUGAUUCUCGCUAGAUUUAACAAAUGCAAAAGCUGUAUACAACACCCUUUAAUGUAAAAAAUGAGCUUUUACCUUACUGUGUAAUUAUUGUCAUGAAUUUAUACAACUUCAUGACGUAUAUACUUAUCGAAACACGGGUGAAGAGUUUAUUGCUAACGAAUUCGUGUUUUGGUCUUUGGUAGUUUUUCUCUCACGGAUUAAUUCUUGUUACUCGUCCUUCUAGAGUUGUAUACGCAACUUAACUACGUCACUACAAUUAUUGUCCAUAUAUUCUGUUUUCCAGUGUUUAAGUAACCUACCCAAUGUGACAAUAAAGUGUGUUGUUUUUAUGUAGUAUAUGUAGUUAAUAUUCAUUAUAAACUUCCCUUUAUUUGUUUAUCUGAUUAUAUAUGUAAUCAUGUGUCGUAUAUGAAUAAAUUGAACGCACUA